CUUGGAUCCGCCCACCAAGGACGUUUGAAAAAGAAAACGGAAGUCAAUAUCAUGUGACAAUUCUACACAUAAACAAUGGCGGACGUAGAACCUCCCCCAGCAGAUACAUCGCAGACGACGUCGAAUUCUGCCUCGAUGGCUGCAGAUGGGAGCAAACCAUGGGAGAGGCCUUGGACUGUGGAGGAGAUGAGAAAAGAGGCAACCAACUGGUCACUGUCUGGAGAUGCAGGGUUGUUGCUGUAUUUAAAGGAUUUUUCACAGAAGAUGAUUUCACGUGUACAUGAAAUUGAAAAAGAAGUUGAUGGAUUAAUGCACGAUUCUAAGAUGACUGGUGUAAGAGCUAACAAUGUCUUCAAUGAUUUUAUUAUGCUGGCAAACACCCAAUUUGUAGAAAAUAGAGUUUAUGAUGAAGAUGUCAGUCAAGAGGAAACAGCCAAAGCUGGGGAAGGAACAGAAGAGAAAGAGAAGACCAGAGAACAGCGGGAGUCAGAACUGAUACCCAAGGUCAAGGAGGCCCUGGAGCUGGGGAUUAAUGUGAUUGACCAGGCCUUUGAACAGCUGGACAGUCACGUGGCAGACUCUGACUCCGAGGAGGAGGAGACAGGAUACAGGGCAGACCCCCUACUGGAGGCUAAGGAUCCAUAUAUUAACAGAUUACUUCCCUUAAUGAUUGGAACUCCCAAGUUUAUGGAGGAUGAUUCUGUUGGCCUGGCUGAAGAGGAAUCAGAAGAAGAGGAGAGUGACCAUGGCAGCCUGAGUGAGAGUGAAUCUGAGAAAGAAGAGGAGGAAGAGGAGAAAUCAGAGUCCUCAGAGGAGACAUCAGAGAGUGAGGAAGAAUCAGGUUCAGUAAAACCUGUCAAACAUCGUUAUUCUGAGGAGUCAGAGUCAGAAGGCAGUGAUUUGUUUGGGGAGGAGAAUGAAAAGGAAAGUGUGUCAGGAUCUGAGGAGGAGGAGGAAGAAGAAGAGGAGCCUACCCCAAAAAAACCCUCAGCCCCCAUGGAUUUUGCCUCAGAAUUAGCCAAAAAAUUAGGGGGCGGUGGCCCACCACCAGCACAAGAGAGUGACGAGGAAGGAGAACCAGUCAAGGAGAGCAGAGAAACCAAGACUAAAGAAAAGAAAAAGCGAGAAAAGAAAGAAUCAACAAGUAGUUCUAAAACAAAAUCUAAAAAGAAGGAAAAAGUUGAAGAGGAGCCGUUUCCUGCUGAGGAAGAAGAAGAGGAUUCUCCGUUUGGUAACAAAGGGGGGCUUUUCUCUGGGAAAAGUAAAGGACUGUUUGAUGACAGUGAGGAAGAGGAGGGAGAUUUGUUUUCAGAAAGUGUUUCAGAGAGGAAAACCUCAAAGAAAGUAAUAGAAUCAGACAAGGAGGAAGAGGAAGAAAAACCCAAGGAAAGAAAGAAAUCUAGUAGCAGUAAGAAGCCUAAAGGGGGUGUCCCUAUGUUUGGGGAAGAUGAUGAGGACGAUAUGUUCAGUGAAAAGAAAACAACAGAGAAGAAGAAGCCUCCGUCUAAAGCCCCUUCAGGAGGAGGAGGAGGUCUGUUUGACAACGAGGAUGAGGAAGAUGACCUCUUCGCUUCAGUUGCUCCAAAAACUACCACAGAAAAACCGAAGAAAAAAGAGACUGGUGGUGGAGGAGGAGGCCUGUUUGAUGAGGAGGAAGAAGAGGAAGAUUUAUUCUCUGAGAAGAAGGAGGAGGAACCAAAGAAAGAGGAAACAGCUCCUCCUGUCAAACAGGAAAACAAAAAGAAACUUCCCCCUGGUGCUGUCCCUAUGUUUGGAGGGGGAGCAAAUCCACUGGCUGCUGCCAUCAAAAAACAGAGAAAACCAGAAUCUGAUGAGGAAGAUAAUGAGUGGUCAGAGGAGGAGAAACCAAGGACUGCCAGUGUUAAAUCCAGCCAAUCAGUGACUUCUAUAAAUUCUGCCUCCAAGGCCCCUGGGGUCAGUAAGUUUAACAAGCCCAGCCCGAGUCCGUCCAGUAACAGCCUGUUUGAUGAUGAGGGGGAUGAUAAUGCUUUGUUUGCUGCUACAGCCAAACCAAGGGCAGACAGUAAAUCAAAAGCUAAACCUACAAAGUCCUUGUUUGAGGAUGACGAUGGUGACUUGUUUUCCUCAAAACCUACAAAGAAAACAGCAGAAAAGAAACCUCAGCAAUCAGGUGGUUUGUUUGAUGAUGAAGAAGAUGAUUUAUUUGCUAAACCGAAAGACAGUGGGAAAAAGAAGCCUGUAGGAGGAGUAGCUCUGUUUGGAGAGGAUAUCUUGCCAAAGAAAGACAAACCAGUUGUAAAGGAACCUGAGAAGAAGGCAGAGACAGCUAAAUCCAGUAAACCUUUGUCCUUGUUUGAUGAUGAUGAAGAAGAAGAGGAGGGGGAUAUAUUUGGGGCUCCCUCAAGUAAAACAGCUACAACUAAACCUGCUGGUGCAAACAAGGCCAAGGAUUUGUUUGCUGAUGGAGAUGACAUGUUUGGAGAGGAGGAGUCUCCAGGAGUGGACAUCUUUAAUCAACAGAAGACAGCAACAAAAACGAACAAGGAGUCAGCAGCUAAACCCGCUGCCCCUAAACUGUUUGAGGAGGAGGAUGUGGGUCUAUUUGGUACCACCCAGACAACAAAGACUGAUUCUGUAGAUGUUGGAGGAGUAACCACAGAAGAAUCUACUGAUACUCCAGAGAAGCCUAAGGAAACCAAACCCAAAAAACCAGUGGGAGGUGUGUCAAUGUUUGGAGGAUUUGACCCAAUGGCUGCUCUGAAAAACAAAGGAAAGAAAGAGGUCAAGGAUGUGACCCCACCACCAAAAGAGGUCAAGGCUGAGAGCCCUCCAAUGAGAGGAGAAUCUGAUGAAGAUGAUACAUCAGACAGACCAGAACCCCCUCCCCUGGAGGAACCCAAAAAAGAAACUAGGGCAAAAUCUGCUGAUCCUCUGUUUGGAGAUGAAGAUGAUGAAAAUGACGAUUUGUUUGGAUCUUCACAGAAGAGUGAACCUGAAGUAAAAGAGGAGACUAAACCCAGAAAACCUGUGGGAGGUGUGUCCAUGUUUGGAGGAUUUGACCCAAUGGCUGCCCUGAAAAACAAAGGAAAGAAAGAGGUCAAGGAUGUGACCCCAACACCAAAUGAGGUCAAGGGUGAAAACCUUCCUCCAGAUGAGGCCAAGAAAUCAGAGGAUGAAGAUAGGAUAGAACCUCCUCCUUUGGAUUUACCAGAGCCAAGUAAAAAGGCAAAAGCAGUGGAUCCAUUAUUUGGAGAUGAGGAAGAAGAUGACCUGUUCAAGGUAUCCCCUGUAAAGACAAUCAGCACCACUGGUCCCUCCAAACCUUCCACCACCCCAAAACCCAUCAUUCCCUCCAAAUCCAAGAAUAACCAAAAGAUAACAUUUAUUAAAGCAAAUCUUCAUUAUGGCUCACACAAGUCAGAUGAAGAUGAUUUGUUUUCAUCAUUUGGUUAACAAAAAAAAGGUGACACCGAGGCUUCACCACUCGGCCAGUCGCCACGUAAACCAGCUGGUGGGGUUUCCAUGUUUGGUGGGGUGGAUCCAUUUGGAGUGUCAAAGAAGUCAGAGUCACCACCAGAUUCAGCUACAACAGGAGGAGAAGAUGAUAAGAAACCUGAGUCAGCCUCACCAGUUUCUGUUGGGAAGAAAAUGCCGGGUAAAAUUGGCAAGUUACAGAUGAAUCUAGGAAUAAAUCCAGCAGCCAUGUUAAGCCAAACACUCUCUAUAGUGCCAACAAAGUAAGUCAUACACUCUCCAGCCCAGGCUAACACCCUCCAUAGUGCCAAUAAAAGUCGUGCCAAAAUCCAGGCCAAGAGGCGUCCCCCGAGUCGCAAGGGCCGGCAGGGAGGGGGUCCAGGUGGAGAUGCGGACUCUUCUGUGGCUUCUCCACCGCCUCAAGUGGAGGCACCACCAGUGGAAAGCCGAGUACCUCAACCGACAUCGGAUUUGUUUGGUAACGACGAUUUACUCGGGGAGAAAGACUCAAAUAAUGAUUUCAUGGCCCCGCCCCCAGUACCUGAUAACUACGAGGAGGAAAACAAUGAUUUCUUCUCAUCAACUAGGAAAAAGAACAAUUUAAUGUCAGAUGAUGACUUGUUUAACCCUGUGAUUUCUUCUUCCAAACCAAAAAAUGUGAUAAACUCAAUAAAUGAUGAGGAUAAGGAUGACAUUUUUGGUUCAAGUGCAGUAAAAAAUACUUCAAAAUUUGUCAGUAAAAGGAAAGUUGAAAAUGAUACAAAAGAUGCAUUAGUGAAUGGAGUUGAAGAUGUGUUAUCAGAUAAGUCUAAAACUUCUAAAGUAGUAGAGGAAGAGGAUGAGGACCUCUUUGCUGCGAAACCAAAGCUGAAGAAACAGACCGACUUUGAAAAGUUACUGGACGACAAACCCGAGGCAACUAAAACGGAAUCCAAACCUUCUGUGCAGGAGAAUCUGUUUCCUGAUUCUACUCUCAACAAGAAAGAAGAGAGCAAACCAAAGAUGCAAGAUGCUGAUGAAGAUAUUUUUGCUGAUUCCUCAUUGAACAAAAAAGCUUCCAAAGCAACAAAAACUGAAGAGAAAACUGUAACUGAGGAUGAUGAUCUUUUUGGUAAGUCUGCUCAGAAAAGUAAAAAGCCCAGCAAAGCUCGGGCUAAAACAAAGGAUGAGGACUUGUUUAAGGACAACACGGACAUUUUUGCUGAUGUCCCAGCAGCCAAACCAAAGGAGAAAAAGAAGCAUAUAAAAGAUAACAUUAACCCCACAAAGUGUUAG